AUGACCUCUUAUACGGAUAAAGGGAGAAAACCAGAAAAUGGCCGCUUCCUUUCAUUCCACCACAUAACCUAUUGGGUCUCCAACGCGAAACAAGCGGCCAGUUACUACGUCACCAGAUUUGGUUUUCAACCUUUGGGUUAUCAGGGACUAGAGACAGGCUCGAGAAAGAUCACCUCACACGCAGUACAGUUAAAUAAGAUAAUCUUCGUGUUUCAAGCCCAAUACGAGCCAGAGGAAACAGAGUUCGUCAACGAAGUGGCUUAUCAUGGUGAUUUCGUUAAGGAUGUGGCUUUCGAAGUAGAAAACCUGGACUACAUCGUUGGAUACGCGAAGAAACAGGGCGCAGUGGUGGUUAAAGAUAUAUGGGAAGAAAGGGACGAGUCUGGGGUUGUGCGAAUGGCUACUUUGAAAACGUACGGAGACAAUACGCACACCCUCAUAGACAGAACCAAAUAUAGGGGUACAUUUUUGCCUGGUUAUCAAUCUCUGAGUAACGACCCGAUUCAAAAGUUCUUACCUAAAAUUGAAAUAAACUUUAUCGACCACGUAGUGGGAAAUCAGCCAGACAGAGAAAUGGAACCUGCUGCAUCGUGGUACGAAAGAUGUCUGCAAUUUCACAGGUUUUGGUCCGUAGAUGACUCCCAGAUUUGUACCGAAUACUCAGCGCUACGUUCAAUAGUGAUGGCUAACUGGGAGGAAACCGUCAAAAUGCCUAUCAAUGAACCAGCAGCUGGAAAGAAGAAGAGUCAGAUCCAAGAGUACGUUGAGUAUCAUGGCGGCGCAGGUGUCCAGCAUAUCGCGUUAAAUACGGAAGAUAUUAUAACUGCGAUCGAAAAUCUACGAGCGCGCGGCGUCGAAUUCUUAUCUAUUCCAUCCGUGUACUACAAGAUCAUCAAAGAGCGGCUACAGAACAGCAAAGUCAGGGUAGCGGAGAGCAUAGAUGAAUUAGAACGUCUCAAUAUCCUCAUUGACUAUGAUGAUGAUGGUUAUUUGCUUCAAAUCUUCACGAAGAACACUCAAGAUAGGCCGACACUCUUCUUGGAAGUGAUUCAGAGAAGAAACCAUAAUGGAUUCGGCGCCGGAAACUUCAAAACAUUAUUCGAGUCGAUAGAAUACGAACAAGAAAGACGUGGAAAUCUAUAA